CAGCUUAGAGACUUUUCCAGGGAAUUCAUACUUCUCCGAAAUCAGACCACGAGUGUCGUCAACAUUUGAUAAGUUGAAUAAGUUUAUGUGAGAAAACAACAGUGCAAAGACAGAGGACCAGAGCAAACCCUUUUUCUUCUACCCUGGCCUCUUUUGGAGCAGGAUCAAGACUGCGAGGGGAAUUACAGGAUCACGUCUCUACAGUUUUCCUGUUCUGCUUUCUUCUGGGACUGAGUUUGGAGAGUGCUGCAGGAAAAGGACUCUUACCACCACUGGUGGAUUAUUUCCCUGAGGACUGCCAUCUUGGGGUGGAUAAGCAUUCUUUCCAACUGUGUAUUUUUGUUUGGGACAGAGUUGUUUUUACUCUCCAGCCACAGAGGGCUAGGAUUAUUUCUCAGGAUUUUGUACAAGAUUGUGACAUUUGACUUCAUAUUUAAGUUCUCUGAUCCUACAAGUUUAGUGUAGUUUACAUCCAAGGUUCCUAUAGUUUAUUCUAGCCAACAAAUAUAAGAGACUCUUUGGAUUUUUGGAUAAAUCUCUAAACUCAUUUCCUAACACAUUCACCAAGAGCAAAGGUUCAUAGAGGAGAGCUGCUGUUAACUGAUGCGUCUAAUGUUGGUAUUCAGCCCAAGGCUGCUGGAUUGAGUGCUGCAUUACUGGAAUUAGAGUAGACAUCAGUGAUACAGAUAGGGACCAUAGCUGAGAGACAGAGAGCCUCAGUCACCAACGAUCUCACCUGGACGAUGUCAUCUGCAGUUACAACCACAUCAGGUGGCCUGGUGGUGGUCACCCAGGUGUUACCAUCUAAUCAACCCCAACCUCAGGAGGUUCAGCUGGCGGGUCUGGGGACGCACAGGUUCAUCCAGGCAUACCCCAUGGCUGUCGGGACGGUCCAGAUCAUGAUCGGCACCUUUGUCCUCUUGUUCGGUAUCGUCAAGUUGUUUCACCUGCUGUCUUUUGGAGUGAUCAGUGGCUUCUUUGUUUGGGGUGCUGGCUUUUACAUCACCUCCGGCGCACUCACAGUGGCUGCUGGGAAAUCUCUCAGUCCCUGUCUGGUCAACACUGCUUUGGGUUUCAACGUGGUUUCCUCCGUAGCAGCAUUCACCGGCAUCGUCCUGUACAGUUUUGAUGUUGCAGGAGGGGCCAUGCCCUGCUGGGGAUAUGACUGCAUGGUUCUGGAUUCAGGUUUUUCAGGGGUCCUGUUGGUGUUCCAUAUCUUGGAGUUUGCCAUUUCCCUCACCGUCUCUAUCUUUGCCUGUAGAGCUACCUGUAACUGCUGUGGCAACCAGCAACAUCCAUACGUCCACUUCACGCCUGCCCAGGCUCCACCACAUACUGGACCUGCCACCAUGGCUGUACCACCACAACAGAUUUCCAGCUUCCCAAAACCCAUAGAGAACCAGGACCAGAUUUUCCCUGGGCCCAAUGAACCUCCGGCCUACACUGGCUGAAGAAAAGACCUGCUUUAAAAUAAAAUCACAUGAUGACAACAUGCAAUGAACAUGUGAAUAACAUGAUAAUUACAUGAGACAAAUAUAUUAACCCUUAGAGCUCACGCUGCACAGAUCCGUGCUGCAGGCACACCCUUUUGUAAAUUGCUUGGUAACUUUUUAAGCGUACAUCGUAGGCACUAGCUGUUUUUCCUGUAAAAGCUCUCUGUUUUGCCUUUCUUCAUGUCUUCCAUGCAUUUGUAGCUCUUACAGAACUUUCUCUUGUGAGCCUGGAACUUGGCCGACUCUCCGGGGUCUCUGAGGACAGCGUUGUUGUCUACAACAGGAAGUGACACAGUUUAUAAAAAUGUUAGUAACUUUUGAAGCAUAAGUCAUAGACUCUUUGUUUUCCUCUGAAAGCUGACCAUUUUUUUGUUUGUUCGCUACCAUCGAUGUCUCCGUACCCCUAAAGGUCGCCGUUGUAGCGAGGCUGGGACUUAGGUGACUUUUCGGGGUCUUUGGAAAUUAAAUCCACAUUCGAUAAUAGGCAUCUUUUUAUCCAUUUUUAAUCCAUAUUCAUACAUCAUGUUCCAUCUCUGGCAUUCUGCAGUGGGCAGCAAUGCAUUAUGGGAGGGGCAGUCGACCAGUUGUUUCUCUACUGCUUAAGGGAAUGGCACAAAUGAAUCUAACUGCAAUAAAGCGCAUGCACUGGUUCCUUGUAUAGAUAUAGAUAUUCUGAAAACUGUCAGUCACAGAAUGUUUAUUUUUUCUCUGUUUUGUCCACAAGAGAUGGAGAACAAGUCUGUGCAAAGAAAAUGCUUAGUCACUCCUGUUUACUGUGUUAUCAAUAAAAAUCUCUGAGUUUCA